AUGGCUUCGUGGACGCGUGACAAGUCCAAGGCGGCCAAGAUGUUCGUGGAGCAGUACUACGAGGACAUUGCCGUCGCCUACUUUGAGCGCAUGGAGCGGAGGAAGAAGCUGGAGAAGAACAUGGUCAAGCUGAGGCUGACCGAGGUUGAGCAGCAGCAGCUGCGGAACGACCUUGCUGUUCGUGAGCAAGAGUAUACCCGCCAGAGGAGGCGGAAGCUCUCCGAGUCGGACUUUGAGACGGUCAAGGUCAUCGGCCGUGGCGCCUUUGGUGAGGUCCGCCUCGUCCGCAUGGUCGAGUCGGGCGAGAUCUUUGCCAUGAAGAAGAUGCGCAAGGCAGACAUGCUGCAGAAGGAGCAAGUGGCUCAUGUCAGGGCAGAACGCGACAUUCUUGUGGCUGCAGACAACCCUUGGGUGGUCACUCUCUACUACUCGUUCCAGGACGAGGCCCACCUAUACCUCAUCAUGGAGUUUGUGCCCGGCGGCGACCUCAUGACCAUGCUGAUCAACUACGAUGUCUUUCCCGAGGACGUCACCCGGUUUUACAUGGUCCAGAUUGCAUGCGCCAUCGACUCGAUUCACCGCAUGGGCUACAUCCACCGCGACAUCAAGCCCGACAACAUCCUCAUCGACCGUAACGGCUACCUCAAGCUCUCCGACUUUGGCCUCUGUACCGGCUUUCGCUCUGCCCACUCGACCCGGUUCUUCAAGUCGUUUACUCGCGACGAGGGCGACGACGAGUCGGACGCCGACCUCGCCACACCCGGCAGCUCUGGCCAUGGCCAGCUCGUCGACUCGGGCGAGAGCAGCAACGCCCGUGGCAAAGGCAAGGGCAAGGGUAAGGGCAAAGGUAAGGGCAAGGGUAAGGGCAAGGGCAAGGGCUCCGACUCAGACGGGUCGGAUGCCGACGCGCUCGCCACCCACGGUGGGCGGGUGAUGACGUGGAAGAAGAACCGCCGCAAGCUCGCGUUCUCCACCGUGGGAACUCCCGACUACAUUGCCGUCGAGGUCUUCCAGCGGACCGGGUACGGCUUUGAGGCCGACUGGUGGUCACUCGGCGUCAUCAUGUUUGAGAUGCUUGUCGGCUACCCGCCGUUUUGCUCGCGCAACUCGUCCGAGACCUACCACAAGAUCCUCAACCACAAGAAGACGCUCCAGUUCCCGCCCGAGGCCUCGGUCACGCCCGAGGCGCAGGACCUCAUCCGCAACCUCGUCUGUGCGCCCGAGGACCGCUUCAAGUCCAUCGAGCAGUUCAAGGAUCACCCGUUCUUUGCCGGCGUCGACUGGGACAACAUCCGCUCGGCAAAGGCGCCGUUCACCCCGCAGCUUGCCUCGCCCAUCGACACCUCGUACUUUGACUAUGAGAUUCCCGAGCACUCGCGGGCCGACGCCGCAGCCCCAGUCCUCCGCCUCUCCGAGGGCGUCAACCCGUUCCUCGGCUACACCUUUAAGCGGUUCAACCACGGCCGGGCCGGUCUCAGCUAG